CUGAGUUCACCGUUGGGGAUGCCACUCGCCGGCGUUAAGUAGGAGCGCACUCGCCUCGUACGUUCAGUGUGUGCCCGGACGCAGACGGGAGAACACGGGCAGUCGUAGCUGUUGCAUAGGAUUACCCCGCCAUGGCCUCUGCACAUGCGAGUCCCUGUCGAGGACUCUUUGUCGCGGUCCUCCUAGCUUCCGUGUUUACGUGCGGGACGGACGCUAAAGACACCAGAGCAGCUACGUACGCUGCCCGAAUAUGCGUGGGUCCUGACGUGGACUGCGAUAACCUGCGCAGGACUUCCUUGGGAGUCCUAUCCUGCACGCAGGCUAGGGACAGACUUGACUGCCUGAAGAAAAUGCGCGACGGAGAGGCUGAGUUCGGCUACUUUGAGGCCGAGGACGUGAACCUGGCCGCCCUGUCGUUCAGCGGGAGGUUCGAGGCCGUCGUCAAGCUUUCUCUUCCGGAGAACGAAGUGAGGCGCGUGUUCAUGCUGGUUCACAACGCUUCGAACCCCAACCCGAGGAGCCUCUGCCACCCGGGGUUCAAUCUCCAGAGGUUCUUCCCCCGCCCUCUACCGCCCCCUACCCCGCCACCAAGGAUAUGCUGCUCGAUGUUCAGGUAUUUAGAGAAUAGUCACAUUGAGAUGUUAGCGAAGAAGUGGACCAGCGCCUGUAUUCCGGGGAUGUGGUCUCAGGAUCCCACGACAGAUCGACAGCUGAAGCGGCUUUAUAGUCACCUGUGCAGCGCGUGUCCCGGCCAGAACUGCGACGGAGCGGACACCUACGCAGGGUCGGGUGCUCUGACGUGUCUGUUCGAUCGUGUGGCGGACGCGGCCGUGGUCUCCGACGUCGACUUCCGUAGGGCGAGGGACGUGAAUCCCCAGGUGAAGGACCUAUACCACUUCUGCCGCGUCGGGAAUGGUAGCGUGCAGCCCCUGGGUCCAACCACCGUCGACGAUAGGGAGCCCUGCGACUGGGGUCAGCGCCCUCCUUCAGUCCUGCUCACCCCUCCGUGCCAAAAGGAUUCCUGCCAAACCUUGCGAGAUCAGUGGAUCAGCGGCAUCAUUGGCCAUUCGGAAAGUGUGGCCGAGAUCCUUGGCCUUCCUGCGUCCACCAAGUUCGAGGCCAUGGACACCGCGCUCUCUCCAGCGAGGAUGAUUAAGAACGCCGGCUACAAACUGGACCACAGCCUGAUCAAGAACCCCGUCCGAUUCUGCGUGACGAACGAGGCCGAGCUGGCCAAGUGCCGCGACCUGCAGAUGGCGGCGCAGGCGUACGGCGUCGGAGCCAACGUCGGGGUCGACUGCGUCCUGGACACCAACGAAUCGCACUGCUACCCGGACAUCUACCUCGGGAGAGCUGAUGUCAUCGCCCUGGACGGGGGAGAUGUCUACCAAGUCAGGCAAGAUUACGGGUUCGACCGCCUUCUGAGUGAAGUCUACAACAGCGGUUCGGACAGCACGACGUCGUCCUACUACGCCGUGGCCGUGGUGAGGGCAGAAUCCAACAUCACUUACUUCUCUCAACUCAGAGGUCGGAAGUCAUGCCACACAGGAAUCGGGAAGACUUCAGGCUGGAAGAUGCCCGUGGCCAUGCUUCUGAAGGAGCGGCUCAUCGAUCCCCGCCACUGCAACUACAUCAACGCCGUCGCCGAGUUCUUCACGGGGGGCUCCUGCGCGCCCGGGGCCAAAUCCAGCAAGUAUAACCCCAACGGCAACUAUGUGGAAUCGCUCUGCCGCCUCUGCAGGGGGGGCACGGACACCCACUGCGUCAGGGGGACCAGCGAGCCCUUCUACUCGUACUCGGGGGCCUUCAGGUGUCUGGUCCAGGGCGGAGGGGACGUCGCCUUCGUCAAGCACACGACCGUCCCAGACCACACGGAUGGACACAGUACUGCCUCGUGGACGGUGGGUCUUCGCUCAGACCAGUUCAAGCUCCUGUGUUCGACCGGAGACCGAGCGGCUGUGACCGAAUACAAGACCUGCAACCUGGCAAUGGUUCCCGCGCACGAGGUCGUCGUCUCUGGGCGAAUGCGCGAGCCGAGGAAGGCGCAGGUGCGAGAUGUCCUUCUUAGUGUCUCGAAGGCCUUCGGCAGCGACGCCCCCGGGAGCAAGACCUUCAGUUUGUUUGGCAAGUAUCAAGGAAAGCCUGAUCUGCUGUUCAAGGAUUCGGCUGUUGGUUUAAAGGCCCUGACUGAGGACACGACGGAGGAAAGGAGGAAUAAGGAGGAUUACUUUAAAAAGCUCGAUGAAUUGCAUUCUUGUGAAAUCCGCGUGUGUGCUCUGGAAGACGAGAUGGAGGACUGCGAAGCUAUGGUCGCUGACAUGUGGGCAGAAGGGUAUCGCUUCGUCUGCGCCAGUGCAAGGGACAGACUGGACUGCAUGAGGCGAGUGAAGCUGGGCCAAGUGGACAUGUCCCCUCUCACUGGCCGCUACCUCGGGCUGGACAACUUCAGGGUGUUCGCAGUUAUGAGGGAUCCGGCCUUCGCUGCAGACGAGUUCCGGUACAAGGCAGUGACUGUGGUGAGACGGUCCCGCGUGGCUAAGAUCUCCGACUUGAGGGGCACCAAGUCAUGUCAUACAGGAUAUGGCCGAACGACAGGCUGGCGGAUUCCCGUGGCGCUGCUGAAGCGCGAGGGUGUAAUUUCCCCCCCAUGCGACCCCACCAGUCUGCCUUGAGCACGAAUCGCCAGCGUGGCCACGACCUUCAACCGGGCGUGUGUUCCCGGAGACUGGGCCACGUCCGAGAGCUUCGACGCGGCCCUAAGUAAAACAGAAUACUCCUCCAUGUGCUCCAUGUGUAGGAGUAAGAGAUGCGACAAGAACGAUGAAUACGCAGGCUACACGGGGGCCCUGCGUUGCCUGACUGAGGGAGGCGCCGACGUGGCCUUCCUUCGAACGUGUAACCUGACACCUUUCCUUCCUUUUAACCCAAAGGACUCCCGCGCCUUCAACUCCGAGGACUACGGUCUGCUCUGUCGUGACGAUAGAGUGGUGUCCAUCUUCUCCUCUGAGGCUGAUGAGUGCUUUUGGGCAGCACGACCCUGGGAUGCUUACGUACCACUCGGUGGAUGCCAGCCUUUUCCCGACAGCGACUCCAAGGCCCAGAAGUUGUUCUCAGCACUGACACAGGCAAGGCUCAAGGGCGAGGAGAACCUGAAAGCUCGCAAGUGGUACUCCAGCACACUCGGAAUCAAGCAGAACCUCCAGGACAUCUUCCCCAUCUUGGUGAACGUCACCACUCGGGAAUUCUACGGCAAGACACAGAUGAACAUCGUGGAGGCAGAGGAAAUGUGUCCCGAGAAACCAGUGAGACUAUGCACGAUACAAGCGGACGAGUUGAGCAAAUGCACAGACUUGCAAGCUGUUCUCAAGCUGCGUGGCGUCUCUCCUCCAUUGCAAUGUGUCAUGGGCACCACCCUCAAUGAUUGUCUCAACCUCAUUACUCGCAACAAAGCAGAUAUCAUGACACUCACUGACAAGCAGAGAUUCAACAAGCAGCAAGCAUACAACCUAGUAAGCCUUUUGUCUGAGAACUACGGCCAAGCCAAAGACAGUCUUUACUAUCUGUUGGCAGUUGUUUCAAAGUCAUCAGGAAUCAACUCAACAAGUGAUUUGGCUGGUAAAACGUCAUGUCAGAAAUCAGGAAAUGGCACAACAGCUGAUGAAAUUGAUGCCGAAUUGAAGGAAUGCCUCAGUGGCUCGAGCAAGUUCUUUGAAAGCUUCAGAGAUGCAUACGUAUGUCUGAGUUUAGGACACAAGGACGUGGCCUUCGUCAAAUACCCUGCAACUGAACCUACAGACACAGACCAACUUGAUAUCUUCAACAGCGAUGACUAUCAGCUACUGUGUCCUAAUGGCGUUGCUCCUGUCCAUGAAGAUCACCUUAAGGAGUGUAAUCUUGGACGGAUUCCUGCUAAUGUGAUUGUGACACGGCAGACGGAGACAGGUGCUAGCAAAGAGAACAUGAGACACCUGAUGUUGACUGCUGCUCAAAACUUUGGAAAGUCUGAUUCCUUCUUUAGACUAUUUUAUGAGUAUUUCUCAUCAAAGGAUCUUCUUUUUAAGGAUCAAACCACAGACCUGAGUGUGCUUUCAGAUGAGCACUACCAAACUGAGGUUUUGAACAUGUUCUCCAUGGCUUGCGACCUUUAUAGUCACCACAUUCGCACAAGCUCCUGGCUCAACACGUAAAAAGACUUACUUUCAAGCAAUCCAUAAUCUUACUUCUCUUCUGGGAACAAAAUCUCUUUUCUACUACUUGUUGGGAAGAUCAUAAUUCCUUAUCCCUUUUCUUAAUCGAUGCAAAAUUACUUUCCUCAAAAUAGUAUGUAUCCCAAAUAAGGUUCAAAAGAAGAGCAGUGGGAUUAUGGGAUGAUGCUAUAGCAAAGCAGACAUAUUGCAUUUAUAACUGCUGAAAUUACCCCAAGGCAUUCCUUUUUAUGGGUUGAAUAUGUUCACUAUCUUGUAGGUACUACUGAAAGAUUAAGUAAAAAUUAUAAUUAAGUAAUAUGAAAUCCAUGGUAAUGAUAGCCUGAAUCCCCAAGUUGUAUUAUGAUUCUUGUGACAUUCCCAAGUUCAUUUAUUUUACAUUAAAUUUAUAAUGCUCAAACUGUGUCCAUAUAAGAGACAGAGCUGUUCCCAGGUAUCAGGCUUUGGCCACCACAGAGUACACUUGUUUUGUUUCCACACAAGAAAACCAGGUGUGCACAUUUUGAUGGUUUGCCUGUAUUUCCUUAUGGUUUCAUCUCCAUAUGUGCCCACCAACUAUCUUUCAAACAAGUGAAAUACGUGAUUUGGUAACAAUGUUUGCCUGUAAAAGCUCUGACCCUUGUGUAGACACAACUUUACUUAUUUUUUGUAAGUUUUACAAAUGGUGUAGAUAUCAUUUACCUGUUGGUUAAACAAAUAUCCUUUUAUAAUAGACUGAAUAGCUCAGAAGAUAUACAAGGGUUAUUGAGAAAAUGUGUAACUAUUGAUUUCAUGCUUGCAAACAAUCAUACAUUUGCACAGAUACAUAAAAUAGGUAUGUAGUAGUGUCCAUUCCACUUCCAUUGCAUUAAUUGCCAGUUUUAAAUGUAUUCAAAAUGCAUAUCAAUAGGGGGGUAACAGAUAAAUGACUCAAAACUGGUGGUUCACAUACUGGUACAUGUGCAGAGUAAAAGGAAGUGGAGGUGACAUACUAAACAAUACAUAAACAAAAAUGUGCUUAAUACCUGCAAGAAAAAUAUAUGAGCUGCAUAGUCAUUAGGAUAUUUACUAUUAUGUGCUUCAUUGAGACUACUAUGUUUUCCAUUAAUUACUGUUGAAUGAUGUUCAUUCUCUACAUAAACAUAGGUUAGAGGCAAUAUGUUUAAUGUACAUUGAUAUACAUUAACUAAGAAGAAUUAUACAUUAUAGAUGUUUGAAUAUAUAUUUGUCUGUCCUGAACCUAUACAAACCAAAUGAAUUAAGCUAAUGCUCAAGCAGUUAAGAAAAAUAGGCAACUUUUACGAGAAAAUAUUUUUUACAUUUGUUGCGUACAACUCUGCCUGAUUUUACUCUCAGCAUCCAUGUAUUUCCUGUAAUCCAUAAAUUUAGUUUUAAUUAAGCAUGUACAACAUACAAUAUUGAAAGACAAAUGUAGCUCACCUGCAUAAUAGCAGUAACAUGGAUAAUAAUAAAACCAUAAGAUAUGAAGAAUUA